AUGAAAAAGCAAAGCCAAAACGAAGUGUGCACGGUAAUUUCGUUAAACAAUAUCGUUCCGAAAUGGUGGAUAGAUCUUACCGUAGAUAAUAUUACAAUGCGUUUCGAAGUGGAUACAGGAUCACCGCUAACCAUUAUUGGAAAACAAUGCUACGAGAAAUACUUCAAAAACAAACCUCUUCAAAAAUGCAAUGUCGAACUCGUGAGUUACACAAACAAUGCAAUCGAAGUGCUUGGCACAAUAAAAGUAAAAGUCGAUAAUGAAAUGCUUUCGCUCUAUGUGGUGAAUCUCAUGAAACGACCAUUACUUGGUAGAGAAUGGUUAAAUGCGGUGCCCGAUUGGAAUAAUUGGUUACAGAAGUAUACCGACGUUUUCGAUCCAAAUUUAGGCAAAAUAUCGGGAGUACAAGCACACCUGACCCUCAAAGAAAACGCACAGCCAAUCUUCUUGAAAGCACGACGUGUUCCGUUCAACUUGAUCGAUGCUGUGGAUCAAGAGCUUGACAAGCUUGUUGCAGAGGACGUGCCAGAAGAAGUACCAACCAGCAAAUGGGCAACGCCGAUUGUACCGGUGCGGAAGGCAGAAGGUAAAGUACGAAUUUGCGGAGAUUACAAGCAAACUGUUAAUCAAAAGUUGCAGGUUGAUCAACACCCAUUACCAACUGUAGAAGAGUUGUUUGCGUCCCUAGCUGGUGGUAAACGGUUUUCGAAAAUCGAUUGUUGA